UGUAGAUCUAAAUUUUUCCUUCAUCAAUCAUUCACUUUCAGUUUGCGCUCGCUCGCUUACGCCGCCUCGCUCACAAUUACGGUACGGUACCGGUACAUCUCUCUCACUCGGUCCACGGGCACGGCCCCGUACCGGUACCGUACACGGUUUGCGCAUCGAUUCUUGCUUGUGCAUGUCGCAAUGCAAUGACUAUGUUGCAUUUUCUUUUGCAAUGUCUUUUUAGAGUUAGAUAUUCUAUUUUUACUGUAGCAUAGCUGGGCUAGACAGCUGGCAGCCGUCUGUUUCGAGGAGUUUUUUAACAUUUAAAAAAAAAUUUCUCCUCGUACACAGCUCAGUCUGACGGCUCGCUAUCGUGCAGCCACCGGCACCAUUAACAGGGUGGAGACGUCUGGGGAGUGAAAGUUUAAUACUCUACGUAUAUCACUCCCCUAAUGCCUGGAUUUGCUUUACAUGCUUCUCCGUAGAGGCCAGGAUUACCCGUGUGGACAGUUAACAAUGAUUACUCUGUCAAAAAAAUUAAAGGAAGAUGCAGCCAGGAAGUCAGCUGGUACAAACUCCAAAUCCACAGACCUUAACAAUUCAACUAAGCGAGUUUCCAUACGAGACAGACUGCUUGUUAAAGAAGUGCCUGAAAUGACAUCCAGCUUACCAAAGACCUGUAAAGUGCAUUUUCCUGAUGUUCAUAAGCUUCACCACAGUGUGUUAACAAUAACUCCAGAAGAGGGCUUUUGGAAGGGUGGAAAAUUUGACUUUGAAAUCAUACUAUCAGAAGAAUACAACAUAGCGCCUCCAAAAGUCCGAUGUAAAACAAGGAUAUGGCAUCCCAACAUAUCAGAAGAGGGUCAAAUUUGUCUCAGUCUUCUACGUGAGCAUUCAAUGGAUGGGACUGGCUGGGCACCAACAAGAACGCUGAAAGAUGUAAUGUGGGGACUGAACUCUUUAUUUACAGAUCUUCUCAAUUUUGACGACCCACUCAACAUCGAAGCAGCUGAGCAUUAUCUCCGGGACAAACGAGACUUUGAGAUGAAAGUCCACAAAUAUGUGAUGAACUACGCAAGAUGACGUGCACUCCUGCUCCUAGGAACCUCUCUUAGAUAGCUGUAAAUAAGAAUGCACACUACGGUCAUGGAGGAUAGUCAGGUCAUUCAGAUGUAUCUAAUAUUUAUUGUAGACUAAAAUGUGUGCGAGUGUUUCUUGAACAACCAUGUGCUUCUGAUUUAGAAUUUUUUUCCCACCUGCAAGAAGGUCGUAACUGCAAGUAGUUUAUCUCACAAGUGUAGU